AUGAGCGCUGCCGAUGCCAGCACCAGCGACCGCGCAUGCAGCCACCAUGACAUCCUAGUCAUGGGAAAGACCCCGUGGUGUACACGUGCGCCUCCGGCUGAUCAGACCUACACCGACACGGAGCUGGCCUGCCGCGACAUCAGCGAGUGCAACCCAGGCGCGGUUGAGUGCGCAUGUGUCGGCGAGUGGGUUGGCCCGAUGUGCAGUGAUGACACCAACAGGCCGCCAGAACGCAUCUCCCUCGGCACCACGCGCGUGCCAGAGAACAGCUUCCCGCUGCCCCUCAUCACUGUCCCUGUGGAUGGGUCGGCCAUCGAGGCUGCUCUGUUGGCUGACUUUCUUGUGCGUGUCAACGUUGAAGAUACCAACUACGCGCCAACAGCCCUGCUACCUGAUACCGCCAGUAUUGCGGAGAACACGCCUAUCGGCACCACCGUGGCCCACAUUACUUUUGUGAAUCUCAGGCAACGCACCGUCUCGUUCGUUAUCGUUCACGACAGGGCCGGCGAUGGAUCUGGCGGCCAAAUUAACAUCGAACUCGACGCCCCAGAUCUCAUUGGCACGGGCGUGGACCUCGUGCUCGGAGAUGAUCCAGGACGAUACAAGGACCGAAGCACCUGCGAGCGAUCAACGAAUGGGUACAUUGGAGACUCGUGCCAGGCCGCGUGCGACCUCGACGUGUGCCAGAACGGCGGCACGUGCACGAUGGACGAGACAGCGGACCGCGGGUACACAUGCGACUGCCCAUCGGGGGUUACCGGGUACACGUGUGAUCGAGACAUCGACGAGUGCGCGAGCAGCGACAGCAACGGGUGCGACGAGGCGCGCGGGGUGUGCAGCAACACGGCCGGGUCGUACCAGUGCAGCUGCGAGAGCGGGUGGCAGCUUGCGUCCAACGGGCGCGACUGCGAGGACGUGAACGAGUGCGCGGAUGAGGCGGACAACGAGUGCGACGCGCUUGUUGGCUCGUGCACGAACACGAUUGGGUCGUACACGUGCAGCUGCGGUGCCGGGUAUGAGCUGGACAGCGACGGGCACACGUGCGAGGAUGUGGACGAGUGCUCAAGGAGCACGCACGAGUGUUCUUGCAGUAGCGCGAGCACGUGUGGCUCGUGUGUGUGUGCACUUGUCCUGACGGCUUUGUGCUGGAUACAUCGGGUCACAACUGCCACUUCUUCUACUACACCCCUGUUGGCGAGACGACCACGACAACAAGCACAACGACAACCACGACCAGCGAGCCUGCGAUAAUGAUGACUGUUGCCUCGACAACAACAACAUCGGGGUCAGUGUCGACGUCUGCUGUUGGCCCGGUGCAGAUGCUGCUGACAGAGCCUGAGCUACGCCUGCCUGACGAGAAGGACAUGCAGCUUGCUGGCGAUGCGGGCAUGGGGUGGGGUGUGUGAUUUCGGUGUUUGCGUCUGUUGCGUAAGCGUCUGAGAUUGUUGCAGUGCUGUAUGUAUGUUGUUGGGGAGGGGAGUAAAACGUGGCCGCCGCGCCUUUGUGUGAGAUGUUGGUGUCGUGUAGCGUUGUGACGGUGGGUUGUGUGUGCGUUCUGGUGCUGUGUGGACCGCUAAGGCCGCCGUGUAGAGGUUGUGGCCACUGACUUGUCAGCUGGGCACUUCCAGGGUUGGCUGGUCACAACACACAAGCACCGGCGCAUUCAUGGCCGCUUGUCAUUGCGCUGUGCGUCGCCGCACCUUGCACUUGGCAAAGCGUUGUCUUGUGGGGGUGUUGGGAGUGUUGCUUGGUAGCAUGUAUGUUGUGCGUUUGUUUGGCAGCUACAUUUCGCCGCUCUGCCCGUUGUAGGCGUUGGCACAUGGGUUUACUUUCUGUUUGCAAAGCUCAUCGUCCGUGGGAUUGUGAUUGUGAUUGUGUUGUGC